UGUAUUAUUUGUAAUAAAAAUAGCUGGUUAAUCUAAUAAACGAAUAGUCGGUAUUUAUUCUUUUGAGUAGCUCGAUAUUCGUGGAAUGGGCCUGUGUGUUAUAAUCAAAAUCGACCAUAUGAUAUAAUGGGACUAUUUAUACAUGUAUAUGCACUGCACGCGCGGGUAAAGUAUAGACUCCCCUCUCUCUCUCCCUCCUUUAGUCCGCCCUGACAUUGUCGCUUGAAAACAAUCGAUUGAAAGACUGAAACAGAUGCGAAUUACAUUAAGGGGAACAUUUGUAAUAAAAAAUACAGCAUAUUAUAAUUGCAUGUAAUCGAGUUCUGCGUAAUAUCUUUUAUGGUGAUAACGUACCAUACAUGUAUAUGGUUCAAUACUCAUCUGCUGGACAAUAUUCCCAUUCUAAUGGAUUUCUUUUUGCAGACGAUACCAUAGUCAACAUAUAGUCUAACUGUGUGUAUAUAGUUGUGUAGACACGUGCGCAUUUUUCACGUCUCGGAGGUUGCAGAUGACCUUCGACCUUUCUAUCGUAUGAUGAAUCAGAGUGUAAAUCAAUAUACUUGGGUGACUACAUGAGACGCACGAAUUUGUGAGAUAAUUAGAGAGAACACCAAAAAGGAAGGAUGUCGUCUGCUCGCAUUCGGAACGGAUCGGCGAAAAUGGAGCAAUCUAACGGGCAAGAUGUUUUUGCUCACGGAUUUCAUGGAUAUAAGGAAGGUUAUGAACAGUUGGAGAAGAUAGGGCUGAUGAAGCGAGUCAAGGGGCUCUGGAACAAGACGGUUUUUCCGUUGUUUCUGAUGAUUUUGACUCCUCACGUCGCGCUUAUCAUGUGGUACGUUUCCGUGCAUUGUGAAGGGAGCUACUCGGUAUUCCUCGGUCAUUUUGCAGGAAAACCGUUCUAUACGUCAAUAAUAGAAUUAUGGGCAACCAUGAGACCACCAAGCCAGUUUAGCGUGCUGGUCCUCUUUGGAUUCAGCGUUUGGUCUGUUAUCCUGAUGAAGCUAUUACCGGGGAAAAUUAUCAAAGGACCUUUGACACCGAAAGGAAAUAUACCAGUUUAUGUUGAUAAUGGGUUUCUCAACUAUAUCGUUACUAUGGCAACCUUUUCCAUCAUUACCGUUUUGCUCAAAUUACAGGGGCUUUCGCCAUCAGUGAUAUACGAUCGAUUUGAUGAAUUCAUAGCUACACUUCAAAUCUUCAGUCCGCUUUUCUGCGUCCUUCUCUAUCUAAAGGGUCGAUACUGGCCCUCUACCACAGACAAUGGGGUGUCGGGAAACUUCAUUUUUGACUUUUAUUGGGGAACUGAAUUGUAUCCGCGAAUAUUUGGCAUUGACAUUAAAGUUUUCACAAAUUGUCGGUUUGGCAUGACCGUUUGGGCUUUACUUGUGUGCAUACAUGCCUUGAAAAGUUUCGAACUUUAUGGCUUCGUGGACAGUAUGUUUGUUUCAGCAGUACUGCAAUUGAUCUACAUAACAAAAUUCUUCUGGUGGGAAGGGGGUUACAUGAGCACCAUCGACAUCAUGGUCGACAGGGCUGGCUAUUACAUCUGUUGGGGCUGUCUUGUGUACGUACCCACAUUUUACGCGUCAGUGAGCAUGUAUCUUGUGCAGCAGCCCGUGCAUUUGGGAAUCACGUGGUCGUCGCUCAUCCUUUUGACGGGCAUUCUCUGUAUAGCUGUCAAUUACUUAGCCGACCUUCAAAAACAGGAAGUCAGGGGGACUGGCGGCAAAUGUCUAGUCUGGGGAAAGAGACCAAACAUCAUCCGUGCCAAGUAUCAGCUCGAAAAUGGCAAAGAAAAAGAGAGCAUCCUGCUAGCCUCUGGCUGGUGGGGUCUCGCUAGGCAUUUUAAUUACUUGGCAGAGAUCAUGCUUGCUUUGUGCUGGACUGUCCCAUCCUUGUUUGUCAACAUCAUGCCUUAUUCUUACGUCAUAUUCCUCACCUUCUUGUUGAUACACCGCAGUUACCGUGACGAUGACAAGUGUGGCGACAAAUAUGGCAGUUUCUGGGUUGAAUACUGCCAGAUGGUACCGCAUAGGAUCGUCCCUCUUCUGUUCUAGCCGUGAUCUGUUUCGUAUUCUGUGAAUCUUUGCGUUUUUUUUAUUUGCUUGCAUGUUUUAAUUUGAUUGUAUGCAUUAAAAACCGUACACAAGACAGAACCAUUCACAAUGUUUGAGCUUGUGUGUAUGUGUUCAUGUUCUUACGCUGCGGGUGGUUCAGGUACUAGCAUUUAGAGACACAAACAUGUUAUUUGUUGUUUUACUAAAUAUUUAUUUAGCAUACUCUUGUAAUGGGAUUUUAUAUAAAGACAUUUUUAAAAAA